GAAGAAGUUAGCUUUUUUCACUCUACGCUAGACAUGAACAGAGGCUUUAGCAGCUGCUUGUCUCACCUUGCUCAUGUGAGAGAGAAAGGGGAGGAAGAAGAAGAACAGCACUCUCCAACAUUCACUCUUUUCUCCCUCCAAACCUCUCAUUAACAGUCACAGUACUACUAUAAAUGUAUUAAUGGGACUAGAGAUGGAGGCUGACUUAGAGAAGAAUUGCAAGUUGGUUCUGAGUCCUAACACCGUUCUUCCGCCUCUUCGAAAAUGUUCAAAGGUUGAAAACAGAUACGAAAAAGUAAAAACCUUGCGGAAAGAUGAAUUAUUGAGGGUAAAGGAGGGCUUCAUGGAAAUUAGCUUUCGUCACUACCGCAGUGCAUCUUGCAAGAGCACUUCAUCUAGACCUGUUGGGGUGGAAGGUAAUCCAGACUUGAAGCGAGAUUCAACAUACCAAAACUCCAAAGAGGUAAGGAAAAUGAAGAACAUGGGUGCUGUUGAGGGCAGGAGUAAAAUUGAAAUGUCUGCUAGUAGUGACACCUCUUUUUCCUUCAGAAUUGUUGAUUCCUUGUGCGGUUCAGAUGAGGGAAGCCUGCAGGAAAGAAAUCCAACAAUGCAGUUAGGCUCAAAUUUAACUUCAAUAUCUAACAGCAAAGAACAAUGCUUGUCAGAUGGCUUCAUAGAAAUUUGUCUAAAUUCAGAUAUCAGAGAACGAGGAUCUGCUGAAACCUUACGGAGAGAUACCAAGGAUGUGAGUUUUGAAUGUGAACCAGUUUUGGGUCGUCUGGAUGAUGGUAAUGACCUUCUUGAGAAAGACACAUUUCUCACCUUGCCCAAGUCACACUCUGCUAAGGUAGAAGUGCCUCAUUCACCCUUUUCAUUGGAAAGUGAAUGUUUCUCUAGAGUCAGCUCAAGAACCAGGUUUAGCCCUAUGAGAAAGAUGUUUGAUCCAUUUAUGAAGUCAAGAUCUUUGCGAAGCCCUUUUGGUUCUGUAGCAGGAGGUGGUGGCAAAGCUACUGGCAUGGAAAACUUAAUGAGAAACAGGACAUUGCGGAAGUCUUUGUUGCAUGACUUCUCUUAUACAGCUCAGAAUUCAGAAUUGAACUCCCUGGUUAUCAAGAAAGAUCACCAUCUUUCAGCUGUUGCAAGCUCACCAGUUCACCUACAUGGUUUUCUUAAAUUGGUGAAUAAACAUGGGAUGCCAUUUUUUGAGUUUUCAAUGAACCAUCUUGAAGAUGUUUUUGUAGCCAAAACAUGGAAAGCAGAAAAUGCUUUUAAUUGGAUAUACACAUUUCACUCUGUUGGAGGUAGGAAGAAGGGCAAUGCGAGUAUAUGGGGAUCAAAUGAUAGCAGCAAAGAAUCCCCAAUUGUGGGCCAAAUGCAUGUUUCCUGUUAUUUAUGCUCAGAAGUUAAAAAGCGUGGGGUUUCUAAUGACUCAAUGGUGACAGAGUUUGUGUUAUAUGAUAUUGCACAUGCAAGAGAAAUGGCUGUCCAAAAGUCCACUGAUGUUUGUGAAUCUCCAGCUAGUUCUAAUCCAGUCUUGACUGUUGGCAGCUGUAAGUCGGGUGAUGGCACUGAGGCAUUGAAGCUGAAAGAUCCAUCAAAUCUUUCUUGUGACAAUGGUAGCUUUGAUUCUUCAAAUGAAUCAAAGCCAUGGGCAUCUGCAGAUUUGCAUCCAAACCUUGAAAUUGCAGCCAUUGUCCUUCAAGUACCAGUUGGGAAGAGAGAAAGCUUAAAAUACAAAAGAGGGGAUAAAAGUGGAGAUAAGAGGCAUUUGAACCUCCUCAAUCUCUCCAUCAUUGAGGAAAGUAAGAAAGACGUACAUGAUGGCAAGAGUCAAGAACAGGUGAAGGUGGUAAUCCCAACAGGAAACCAUUGUUUACCUUGUGUUGAAAGCCAGGGACCAUCUUCGUUACUGAACAGGUGGAGAUUGGGGGGAGGCUGUGACUGUGGUGGCUGGGACAUGGCUUGUCCCCUUUCCAUCUUGGGUAAUCCAAGACUAAAAUGUGAUGCAAAUCAACCACUAGUGGAUAGUCAGCAUCCCUUUGAACUUUUUGUUCAGGGAUCCAAAGAUAAUACACUGGCAUUGGCCAUGACAACCAUUGGAGAGGGAGAGUAUGCAGUUGACUUUCAUGCGCAAUUAUCCACCUUACAAGCAUUUUGCAUCUGUGUAGCUGUAUUACAUGGCACAGAAGCCUCACCUGCUGCCAUGGAACAGCAAAACAUACGGUUGGCACAAUGCAAUUCAUUGGGAGUGCUAAUUGAGGAGGAAGUCAAAUUCUUGAUCAAAUCAGUGACAGGGGAGGAGAAGAAGAAAGUCACCAAAAAAGUGAAAGAAAUCUCACCAUCUUUUGUUAUUAAUCCUCCAUUCUCUCCAAUUGCACGUGUUUAGACUUGAAGCAACUGGCUCCUUCAGAAUCAGAUCACUUAGUGCUGGAAUCAUGUGAAUGGAGAUUGAAGACACCAGCCCUAGAAGGGCAGAAGGUACCAGUCCCUGCCAUUCCCGUUGAGGAUUACUGUAAAGAGGGUGUCGACUCAGGGAUGUAAUAUUGAAGUUCCUGCCAGAAACUGAGGUUAACUCUGCUGGUACCAGAAGUAUUCCCUGCAUUAUUUGAUUCAUUCUUCACUUCCAUAAUUACAAUUAGAAAAACAACACCAUACUGUUCAUAUGUGAGUUCAUAGCAAGGAAGAAGUACUCAUAAACCCUUUAGAGCUGUUGAGACCUUUGAGAGAUAGCAUAGCAGUACUUUUUCCCAUUUUAUGUUUUGUAUUAUAUUGAGAAUUUGGGGAUGUUGGGUGGGGGUGGGGGGGGGCGUGGGGGGUGUUGUGGGCGCAUUAGAACCUAUAAACUAUAAAGUUGUUCCUGUGGAGGCUAGUGGUUUAAAACAUUUCUGAGAAAAAGUGGAGAAACUCACUUUCUCAAGAGACGUGCCAUUUCAAUAAUUCUGCAACGGUGUCAAUGUGGCAAAGGCAAACCCUCAUCUUUAAAGUUUUUGUGGACCAUGGUACAUGAUAAUUGCAGCAUUCUGAGUUGUUCCUUUAACUCGGUCCCUAGGCAAGGGGUUUAAGAAAUGGUAAAGAUGUAAUUCUUUUGUUGUGGUUCAAUGGUAGCCACUGCUUCUUAAAAAGGCAGUUGAUAAAAUGCACUAUUGGUU